ACACUUGUUCGCUGCUGUCUUUCUGAAGUAUUUCCGCAGAAGCGCAGUAAGAUCAUGGACCAGUCCAGUGUAGCGGGGACUGAGACGCUCUGAUGCCAUUUUAGCGUACGGCAUUUCAGGAAGACAAUCAGCGAAAAGUGAGAAACUAACUAUAAUUUCUGAAUUGUACAUUUAUGAGGCGUUUUAUGGGCCUUUAGACGCUUGGGACUCGAAACAGUGACCUCCCUUUGUCUAAUGGUAAAUCCGCCUCUCCAGUGCACUAAAUCGCGACCCAGAGGAAGAAGUGGCUCUCAGUGACUGGAGUUUCUCCCAGACAGUGCGGAGGGACAAAAUACCUCAGAUCAGGGAGUAUCAUGUAUAAUAGACAUAGAAUAUCUUUUUUUCAUAAUCCGAAAAAUAUCCCGAAAAAAGUUGUAGUCUAUCUCCGAAAAAAAGCGGUCCAGUGGAAAUCAGUUCGCUUCUCAUUCACUUCCUCAUGGCGAUGGCGGACUGAUCAGCUGCCGCAGUGUCUUUCUAGCGGCAGAUCCGAAAUGUCCUCACCCGCUUCCAGUCCGGGCUCAGAAAGAGAAAAGUUACUCAGCAACAGCCAGAAAUGGAGGUGGCGGAGCAGAGGAGGUGAAGUUACAACAAGUUCACCCGCUCAGAGCAGAAAGGAAUAAUUAAUUAGCGUAAACUACAAAAAACAAGCAAAAAACAAACAAAAAAACUAACUAUAAUUUCUUAACUGUACAUUUAUGAGGCGUUUUAUGGGCCUUUAGUCGCUUGGGACUCGAAACAGUGACCUCCCUUUGUCUAAUGGUAAAUCCGCCUCUCCAGUGCACUAAAUCGCGACCCAGAGGAAGAAGUGGCUCUCAGUGACUGGAGUUUCUCCCAGACAGUGCGGAGGGACAAAAUACCUCAGAUAAGGGAGUAUCAUGUAUAAUAGACAUAGAAUAUCUUUUUUUCAUAAUCCGAAAAAUAUCCCGAAAAAAGGUGUAGUCUCUCUCCGAAGCGGAAACAGGAAGUGUUACAGUCAACAGAUGAUGUUUAUAAAGUGAACGCGUUUGAGGAGACACAGAAACGCUGCUUGUAAGCUCACCUCAGGUCAUGAUACAAAGAAGCAGGAAAACAUCUUUCUCUCUGGGUUCAACCCCAAAACAACACCAUCAUAAUGCCCCAUAAAAUAAACAAACACAGCUGUAUGGACAGCCAUCCGGAUGAAGCCUCGUUUAAAACUCUGUGGCGUUUCUUUUUAUGGAGUGAAGGUGAAUAUUAAAGGUCUUCAAGCAGCGGCGACCAAAAAUAAAUAAAAAGCCCAGUGGAAAUCCGCUCGUUUCUCAUGGCGAUGUCGGACUGUCUUUCUCGCCGCGGAAACACACACACACACACACACACAAAGACACGCAACUCCUGACGUCAUCACGCAUGCUCAGUGAGUUGCCAUACAUUGCAGAUAAUGAUAAUAAGAUUGGACUGAAGCUUUGAAUUCAUGUUUUGUGUAUAUUAAAGCUGAACGGAAUAAAUACAAUGUUUAUUUCGAGUUAUGUGUUUUGGUUGAGUUUAUUGUCAGAGGAGUAGCAACAAAAUCAGGGUACUUACUUUACCUUGGGCCAUAAUGCAAAGGCAAAUCUCUCUCUCUCUCUCUCUCUCUCUCUCUCUCUCUCUCUCAAUACACCGAUCAUCGUAUGAAAGAACACUCAGGCUGAUAUCAAGUCAGCGGACUUUAGUUGUUAUCAAACAGUUCUCGGCUCUCGCUGGGCUUGUUUAUUUUGAGUGCUAUGACUGAUCUCAAAGACACGGCGUAUUUGUGCCACGGCUCGGAGAAUUGAGAUUCCUGUGUCUUUGGAUUCUAGCUCCAUGUCAAGUUACAAGCAAACUUCCUCAUUGAAGAUUCAGAUGUCUGACGUAUUUAGUUGAAUGCAUUCAAAGGAAAUCUUUCUCCCUCCCACCGCGAGCAGGAACAGGAGGUAUAUAAGGACUGACUCUCUUCUCUGCUGCUCAGUUCCCUGCUGAACUUUGGAGGGUGUAAUGUGAAUAUUUUAUCCGCCGACAAGUGAGGAUGUGUAUGCAGAAACCUGGAGAUUUCAGAAUAACGAAGAACUUCAUAGUUUUUAUUUGGAAUUUCCUCUGUGCAGCCAUGUCUUUUACUUCCACAUGUAACAGAAAUACUUUUUAAUUUUCAGUGAAUUAUUGCUAUGUUCAAUCUUUUUUCAUACAAAAUGUUGUGUGAAUGUUUUUGUCUUAAUCCGAUGCAAACAAAUGUCCUUUAAUUCUUCUUUUUGUGCACUUUUCUAGACAUUAAUCCCUUGACCACACACACACACACACACACACACACACACACACACACACACACACACACACACACACACACACACAAAAUAAAAUUUCCACACAUAUAUUCAGUGUAAGCUUCGUGUUCUGCUUGUGUGUGUGUGUGUGUGUGUGACUGCAGGAGGAAACACAGAUCCAUUCGCUGAGAAAAACCUCCCUCUGGAAAGAGUCGAGUUACUGCGGAUUCUCCGCCCUGUACAGCCACUCCUCAUCAGUCACUGUACAUUUCCGUGUUUCAGUCCUGCAGGCUCGAGGGCUAUGUGGUGGAGGUGACUUUCCGGAAUCGCGGACAUCUUUUAUUUCAUGUUUCUCCGAGGUCUCUAGGCCGGUGGGCAGAAGAACUUUCUGAUGCGGUUUUCUGAGAAGCGACGGCUCCAUUUGUGUGAAACCUGCUCAUUGCGAUGGCUGUGUUUGCUUGUUUUGUCGGUCAUUAAUUCUGUUCGAGUUGAGACCAAAGAGAAGGAUGUUUUUCUGCGUCUUUGUAUUUAUGGCCCGAGUUCAGGGUACAAACAACGUCUCGACCUUCCCUCAAACGCCUUCAUCUUGUCACAGCAAAACAGUCGAAGUGGAGAAAUCCACAGAUCCUCACCCGUCGCUCCUGGCCGACCGAUGUUUCACUCCUGGCGCUGCGGAUGUGGACAAUAAGUCGGAGGUUUCAGAGUCAGGGCACAGUGAAGUUAUUAAAUGAUUAUUAGGGUAAGUUCGAGUUGCAGCUCAAGGGCCAAUCCGGCGACCAAUGGGUCGAAAUUCGUGGCCUUUUAUCGCCGUACGACGGAUAAUUGAUCUGGGCCUUUCAGCGUCGGAGCAUAACGUGUUAGUCAUUUAAAAAUAAUAUUUAGUAAUGGAAGUUUUAGUUGCAGUUGACAGGGCUAAGGGAUUUUCAGGUGACUCUCUUUGGAUAAAAUCUUGUAGUCGGUGGUGGCUCAGUGGACUCGAGGAAGAUUUCGAUUGAACUGCAUUUUAUUUGAGAAUGAAGCGCGAGGAUCACAGCCGAUACGACGGAGGUUCCGACCGCGCUUCGGUGCUUCUCAGUCCUCUGCUGGAUGUCUGAGCGCAGGAGGAGCGCAUGAUUUGCAUUCAAUUAUUUCACUCGUAUUUGCAAAUCGCAGAGUAAAAGGCUGAUCAUGACACUGGGAGGGCCAAUCUGCUCCUCAUCUCUCUGCAUGACUUUUGCACCUGGAGAAAAGGAUACAGGGACCGUCAGAAAUCAGCUGGACAGAGUGCAACAGUUGUAUCAAGGCCUUUGAUUGAGCAGCAAUACACAAUGGAGCCCUCACAGCUCACCAACAUACAAUACCUUUGGAUUCUUCGUGAAGUUCAACUAGAGCAAAAGCAGCUUCUGGAGGCCCUGAUGCAAGCACAGGCAGAAACCCAACAGAUGUUCCAGACCAUCAUACAGAGAGUGGGAUCUGAAGCUCGCAAGAAAGCCGUCUUGCAGUGGUCAGAGCAACAUCGUCAGCGGUUUCGCUCCUUGAUCCUCAGUGAUGUCGGCAAUCCAUUUGCAUUUGCACAACAGCUCCAUGACCACUGUCAGAAGUGGUUGCUGGCUGAGGAUCAAGAUGCCAGAAGGAUUGUAGAGCGGGUGGUAAUGGAGCAGUUUGUUGCCCAACUUCCAGAAGUAACAGCCAAGUGGGUCCAGCACCAACAACCAGCAACACUAAACGAGGCCAUCCAAUUGGCAGAGAAUCACCUGGGAUCUCUCUCUCUCCCCUUCAACAUCUAUCUGAGUGAAGCAAUGCUAAAGGCAUGCUGGGUGAAGCGGUCAGAGCAACAUCGCCAGAGGUUCCGCUCCUUGACCCUCAGUGACGUCGGCCACCUAUUUGUGCUUGCACAAGAGCUCCAACACAACUGUGAGAAGUGGUUGCUGGCUGAGGACCAUGACGCUGGAAGGAUUGUGGAACGGGUGGUAAUGGAGCAGUUUAUUAACCAGCUUCCAGAACAAACAGCCCACUGGGUUCAGCACCACCAACCGGCAACAAUAAAUGAGGCUAUCCAAUUGGCGGUGAACCAUCUGGCGACUUUUGCUAUCUCUGCCCCUUAACAUGUCCCCAGUUUGGGGUAUUGGAAUAAAAAGAAAACCAGACAUAAUUCGUGACAUGUUAAUCAGGCUAAUAUUUUAUUUCGGACUCAAAAUCCUUAUUUCUACAAUAUGUAUUUCAUUAUUUACCUAUAAAACAGAGACAACCAUUCGAAUACCAUUAUUUGUAUGCGUGUAUUUAUUUCAUUUUAUUUUAUUUGUUUAUUGAUUAUCUUGAGCGGGGAAUUGUAAUCCAGUGGUUGUAACAUCUGUAUUGUCCUCAUAAUGGAGGGCGGAGUUUCUUCAGUCUGCAUCAUGUCCAGCUAACGACAUUUCAUGGAGCAUAAAGUGAAAACCUGUCUGGAAAAUGCCUUGUUACAAAACCCUACUAUAUAUAUAUAUAUAUA